GGGAUCGAUCGAUAAGACAGAGUGACGCCGUCGAUCUAUUUUCUUGUGUCAGGGGUUGCAGUUCUUGAACAUUACAGACAUAUUUGCAAGUCGACACUGUAAAGGUUACAAAGGAUAUUAAAAAAGUUACAACAACAAGAUGCCUCAAGCACUGUAUGAUGGACGUUAGGGACUAGAUUCGCUGUUGUCGAGGAUUCAAAAAGGUUUGAAAAGAAAUGUGACCCCAACUGACAUUGGCGGGACGUUUGCCAAACGAGGUAAUUCUAAGUCUACCCUAUUACGCUCUAUAUUACAGCAAGUCAUGAGUGCACACAAUGACUGAUCUGACGUGCCAAGAUACCGUCGCCUAUAGCGUGCGGAGCCCUUCUUCCAUGGAAGUGCAAAUUCGAGUCCACAUGACUGGUGUAGCGGCUGGAGUUACGUAUGUGAUAGGCGUUGAAGCAACAAUCGCUGAUUGUAUCUGAACCUGGACUUGUCACGUUAGGAAAAACCCUACAAGCAUACCGAGUCAUUGCUCAAAAGGGAAGUAACCGAUGUAGGUAUGACAAUGACAACCUGGUGAUCAGUUCUGUCGGAUCCUAAUCAGAUUAUUACCCUUGGGAUGCCGUUAGUCUUUGAUUAAAGACCAGAGGCGAUAUCAGCAUUCGCUAAACAUGAUUCGUUGUGGGAACAAGAAACUACGGGCUCUUCUCUCUGGGAUUCUCUGUUUGACGUCCCUCUACGUUAUACAAACACUCCUUCAGCUAAAUGUACUUCAACCGAAGGUAUUUAGGGACGAUUCUUUAGUCUCGCCGACUGCCAGCUUUAGUGGGGUUGUUGAAAACAAUAAGAGAACUUUCAACGGAAUAGACAGAAAUAAUUCCGAAGCUAAUGUGUAUCGCUGGAAGGACAACCAAUGGAAGAGAAUUCCAGGAUUUUGCUCCAAGCCAGAGAAGUUUUUGUCAACGACUCUGAAAACUUCCAUCGGAAAAAUGAAAAUGUACAUUCACGACGUUGCCAAAGACAUCCACGUUUCUGGUUCCAUCAAACGGACAGGCCUGUGGGACUCGCCAGGGGUGUACAGUAUGAUUUCCCGCCUUAAACGCCAACCAGGUAUGGGGCUGAUAGACAUCGGCUCACAACUCGGGACGUUUUCCUUGGUGGCAGCCAUGAUGGGGAGAGACGUGGUUUCAGUUGAUCCCUUGGUAGAGAACGUCCUAAGACUGUGUAAAACUGUCCAGGAAGGGAAUAUAACAUCUAAGGUAACAAUUCUAUUUUCAGCACUCUCUGCAAAACGAAAAAUUGUUACAUUCAAAAGAUUACCGAACAAUAUCGGAGGCACACACAUAUCAGACGUACGCAAACCAGUCAUUGAUGUCAAUAUUGAUGAUGACUACAACAACAACUACAUCAACACCGUCCUCCUCGACGACAUCCUUCCUUUCGUCAACUUUUCCAAAGCUUUUAUUAAAAUUGACGUUGAAGGUCAUGAAUACGAAGCCUUGAAAGAAGGGAGACAAUUCUUCGCGAAUAUCGAAGUUUUCGGGGUUCUGAUGGAAUGGUUUCAAAUCAGGACAAGUAAGCGAGGCUUCCAGUUGUGUAAUCUAAUGUCUAGUUUAAACUUUAGAGCCGAAGACCCACAACUGAGAGGCCGGCUUGAUCAGUCGAAGCCCGCGUCAUGGCCGAGUGAUAUUCUGUGGUUGAAAAAGGAUGCAUUUGCUGCACGACCAGCAAUAAAACCACGUGUGCUCUUAUGAUUCAUAUGCAUUUGUGCUAUUCGGAUCCAUUCGGAUCCAUUCUGAUUAUUAAAUGACCUACAUAAUACUUUGGAGGCAGUGCAGGGUAUUUCACGACUUCACUGAAAUCUGUGUAACGCCAUAGAGUUUCAACAAUCAUGACUGCUGAAAGAUUGCGAUAGUCACGUGACCUAGUGAAAACAGUUAGUUCGGUUUUGGAUUCCUUGGAAUGCUAUCCGAGAUGAUCUUUUGGUUGGAGAUGAUUCGAAUGACGUCUGUGUAUGGUACAAGUUUUUAUCAAUCUGAACACUGAAUUAUCACCGACUGUGUAAGCCGUAUUCUUACAGACACUCUUAACGUAGCCAAUAUGCCUUUGAAAAGGUAGUCUACUCGCAAAUUCCAGAGUAUUUAAAAAAGCAGAAUUGUUCUGAUAUGUUAUGAAAUAACACUUGAACAAACAUGAACACGAUGAGCGAGUGUGGACGUUCAUAAUCCCAAAUUUCGUUUUCAGCUUUUGUGAACGAGCGUCUGGAUAUCUCAGAUGGACUCACUUUAUUACCAAAGUUCUGUGUAAUGUUUAAAUGCGCAUUUCCUAAAGAUUCCCUCGUGCGCUAAAACAAGAUUUGAAAUAACUGCGUGCCUGUUUUACCGUGGCCCAAAAUAUGUUACCACUAACCAAUUGUCUUUUACGUUUUCUAUUCUGUGAUUUUUUAUACAUUCCCAGGUGUAAACAUUGCUAAAGCAAUAAAACAUUCAAAGCUAA